AUGCGUUUUCAGACCUCAGUGAUUCGCACUCAGAUCGACGAGACCCGAUGGGAAGCUCAGCUGCGAGACUGGUGGGAAGCUGAUCCUACCCAGUCGGUGCUGCAGCUUCGCCACAAACGGCUGGUCAAUGGCGGGGCUGCGUGGGCCACCGCCCCGGGGACGCAUGAUCAGCAGAGGCGGCUCGCUUCCGGCGCUUCGGAAGUAUCCGCGCGUCUGGUGAUGCAGCUCAGGGGGCCUCCUGGCCCUAGACCCGACCAGCUCCUGCAGGCCAUCAGCAACGCGCUCGCCACGGCGACAGGGGGGCAGAGGUUUGCCACUAUCUCUCCCGAUGAGGCGCUGCAGUGCUAUACGCUGCGUCCCGAGAGGGGCCCCAUGAGAGGUGCGUUCACUGGGCGGCUGGAGGUGGCGGUCCGCUCUGCCGCUGAGGCGAGGCACAUCCAUGAGCUUUUGAAUGGGCGAGGUCUCCAGGUGGGGUUGGACAUGCUCUCGCUGGAAGUCCAGCUCGCCUACGUCGGCGGCCACGUGCGUUACGACAGCGGCCGAGGACCAUACCAGGGCGACGUCCGGAUCACGACGUGGAAUGCGCAGGGUCUCUUCGCAUGCCGGACAAAGGCGCAGAAGCGCAAGCGGGCCCAUGCGAAGCGUCUCUUCCACGAGUGCGACGUAUUGGUACUCACGGAGACGCACUCCACUCUGGAGACCGAGGCAGCCUUCGCCAGUUUCGAGGAUAGUCGGGCCUUUUGGGCCCACGGGACCGCGUCCCGUGCUGGGGUUGGGGUCAUAUUCCGCGAGUCUUUCCUGCGACAGUUCGAUGGGGGCUUCGACUGGCGCGUCUUGGUGCCAGGGAGAGCUGGCGAGUUGUGGCUCAACGGGGAGUUCGGGGACAUCUCAAUCUUCGGCGUGUACUUUGCCACGGGGUUAGUGGAUCGGGAGAUUUACACCCCCGGCGAGAAGAAGAAGAAGCGCCGCCACCACUCCCACGCGCCGGACGCAGAGGCUCGGAGGGCGGAGCGGCGCUUGGAGGUCGAGCACGAGAGGGCUACCCGCACCUGCGCGUGCCCUCCGUGGUUGCCGCAUUCGGAGUCGUGCAGACGCCGGGUGUGCCUUCGGAGCGACACCCCUUUGGUCUUCAAGGCCGAGGUGGAAGAGAAGCCGGCUGAGGAGGAGGUCGACUGGUCGCCGGACGAGAAGCCGGACGACGAGACAGAAGCUGAGCUGGAGCCCCCGCCGAGGCAACCCAGCCGACGACCUACGGCGACGACCAUGGCGGCAGGAAGCGGCAGCGGUGGCAGCAGCGCGCUUGCGCGGCGCCAGCCGCACAUCUUCGGCGCAGCCCCCCACCACUACAGACAGGGCACCGCCGUGGCGUCUACCGAGACACCGCCGUGGUGGAGCCCAGAACUAGAGCACGACGCGGCGUACCCGUACACCAUCACGGAAUGGACGCGGGACGUGCGACGGUGGAUGGCGGCUACCAAGCUCAGCGUGGAGCGCCAAGGGCCCAUGCUGAGCCUCGCCCUCGGCACGACGGCGCGGACCAUCGCAGACGAGGUCUCGGUGGAAAUCCUGCAGCACGGCGCGGUGCUGGACCUCGGUGACGGGCGGGGCGCUGUGGCGAGGACAGGAGUGGAUGUCCUCUUGGCGGUGCUGCUCGCCAAGUUCCCUCCCGACCCAGAAGCGCAGAUGCUCCGCACAGGGCUGGACUUUUUCAAGUUCACGCCGAGCCGCGACGAGGACCUGCGGAGCAUGUUCCUGAGGUUCGACCUCCUAUUGGACCGUGCGAACCAGCACACUGAGCUUGGGAUUUCGGUCCCUUUCCGGACGUGGAUGCUCCUCUCGCUCCUGCGCCUGCCAGCGCGCACAUGGGCAGAGAUCCUGCGCGAGUGCGACCGCAGGCUCCCCAGGACGGAGCAGGAGUACCAGCUGGUCAAGGCAAGGCUUCUCCGAGACCGAGCGAUCGAGGAGAACGUGUCGACUUUCCAGCCGGGCAGGGCUGGGGCGCCGGGCGUGUACUUCGCGGACGCCGACGAGGACCCGCUGCCGCUGUACCUGGCCAUAGCGGCCGGCAGCACCGACGGAACGGCAGCUCGCCCCGCCCAGCGCGCUGCGAUCGGAAACGGUCAAAGCAGCGAGGCGGCCCAGGACGUCUUCUUCGACCUCGGACAAGCGGCGGGCGACGACGACGGCGAGACGUGCUGGAGCACUGACACCGAGUGGUGGGAGCGGGAAGCCGCCGAGGACCCGCGGCCGGCCGACCGCCUGGAGGCGGAGCAGAGCGCGGCCGCAGGCGACCCCCUCUACCUCGCCCAGGUGUGGUGGGCCGCGCGGACGGCAGAGCGCCGGUGCCGUGCCGCGGCUGGCCGGUUCGCUCCCAAGCACAAGACCAAGCAGAGCCACGUCGGCGUCAAGCGCUACACCAAGCGCGGCCCUCCUCGCGCCGCCGGCGGCCCUCCGAGGCGCGGGUUCUUCGUGGGUCAGACCUUCGUGAGCAUGGACCACGUGCCGGAGCUGGACAUCAAGGCCUUCUUCGAGGGUCGGUCCCGCGGCUACAACCAGGCCCGCGUCAAGCGGGGCGCCCCCAAGGUCGUGAAGUGCUACCGCUGCGGCAAGCCAGGCCACAUGGCUGCCGAGUGCAAGAGCCCGCGCAACCUCUGCUACAACUGCGGACAGCCCGGCCACGAAGCCAAGGACUGCAAGCAGCCGCGCAAAACGUUCUUCGCCACGGAGGACGAGGCGCACCAGCACGAGGAGGAGAAGGAGGAGGAGGCACCAUUCACCCUGGGCACGGAGGAGCACUUCAUGAUCAGGGACAGUGCCGUCGUACAGGCGCUGCAAAAGAGGCUAACGCCCGCGCAGCCGCUGCAACCCGAGCCGCCGCAGCAGCAACAGCUAGUUGCGCAGCCCUCUUGGGCGCCAGCAGCCCCAGCAGCCCCCCCAGCAGCCACGGAGUGGCCACCGGUGGGGAGCGCGGUUCAGUACGUGAGCCAGGGCGUCGUCAUCGCGUACAGCGGAAACACGGUGCUGGUCCAAGACAGCGUCCACGGGUGUGCGAUCACCACGCCAAUAAAGAACCUGAGGUAUGCUCCGAGAGUUCCUGCCGUGCCCCCGCGGUGGCAAGACAGUGCUGAGGUAGACCCGCUGGUAGCAAACGACCCCUGGAAACAGUGCGACAAACGCUACCCAGUGUUCGAGUGGGACGAAGACGCACAGAGCAACCUUGAACACCAGAGUGUGUACAACAACACCGAGGCCAAGAUCAGCGAUGAGGAGGACGGCCUGCUGGUGGACACCGGAGCCCGCAGGAACCUGACAGGGAGGAACUUUGUAGACCGGCAGUCAUACGCGGCACAGCGGCACGGCUACAAGACCACCUGGACGACACUAGACCAGCCGAGGAGGAUGAGUGGCGUGGGUAAGGGUGCUCAGAUAGCACACCGCGCGGCCACCAUUCACGGAGUGGUGGGCGAAGGUGAUCUGAUCUCCUACUCGGCGCCCGUCUUGGAAGACGAGGGUGCCGAAGUCCCCGCCCUCUACGGCCUGGACCCCAUGGCGGCGCGCAACACGUACGUGGGCACCCGUACGGGACGAUUGCACAUGAUUCCAGACGGCACAGACGACCAGAUCAUCUGGCCGAAAGGCACACGGGUGAUUGAGUGCAAAAAGGCACGCUCCGGCCACUGGAUGAUUCCAAUCUCCCGGUGGCACAAGCUGAAGAAGAAAGGCGACAAAGUCACCGAGGCAUUCGCCGUCUCGGCUGACAAGGGGGCCUGCGACGUUCCAGUGCGAGACGAGCUCUUCGCAGGAGCUAGCCGCAUCGGCGGCCUCUUGGGGCACCCCUCUCGCGUGCACUGGUGCGCCUUGGGUAUCACGGGAGGCAAAGACGACAAGACGGUGAUAUGCGGCGAGCACCUCGUGAUGUCGAACAAACCCUGGCCAGACAUGCCUUGUGUCUGUCAGCGCCAGAGUUCCAGUUACGUGGCGAACGACGGCGCUGCAUACGAACAGUUCGCGGAAAAGAUCAUGACCCACUUCAACAUACUCAGUCCCAGCGACAUAAAACCUCCCAGCCGCGACUGGCACCGCACCCAGCGACAGCUUCGAGACAAAGCAGGCGCCAGAGACUACGUGAAGCAGCAGCACACCACAGGGCAGCCACAACCACCGCAGCACAAGUUUGUGACCUUCACAGGCGCAGAGGCCACACCGAAGUGGCUGGAGAGCGCCUUGCCCCCGAGACUCGCUAUCGGGAUGGACGCAAGCGCCGGGGCGGACCAGUCAGAGAUCCAGGUUCCCACCACAGCCACGGUCACGGCCACACGCCUCAUCACGGAGUUCAAUUACGAAGUCCAGAUGGACCUGUGGUUCCUUCACAGCCUCAUCGACAGGCCACAACUCCAGCGAACCAUCAUGCACCUCAUUGACGCCUGCGUGCGGUGGUCGGCGAACGGCCUCCUCAAGGACAAGGAGGAGAUCACGCUGUGCACUCGCAUCAGUGAAUUAUGGCUGACCAUACACGGGCCUAUGAGGACUUUGGUUCAAGACGGAGAAUCUGGCAUGAAGGGCCGAGCAGUGGCGGACUGGGCGGAGGCGAACCGUAUCCAGCUCAAGUACCGGCCUCCCGGUUCGAAAGCCUGGGUUGCAGAGCGGCACCAACAGAUCCAACGCAAAACCUUCCACUCCACUGAAGGCCAGAUGCAGAAAGAGGGCAUCUAUGCCCCUGUAGAGCAGACGCUGGCGACCGUCACAUUCGCACACAAUGCCUUAGUGAACACCGAUGGGAGUGUGGCGUACCAAGCCUUGUACGGCAGGACGCCCGCUCUCCUCCCAACCUUCGACGGCGCGACGGAGGCGGAACGUGAUGAUCGACUUCCUCGCGGCGAGACGCUGGCUCGCAGUCAAGCGCGAAUCAGGGAGAUCGCCGUGACCAAGAUCGUGGAGCACACAGCGAAAGACCGCCUGCGACGAGCAGACCACCACAGGACGCGACCUGCUCUGGAACUCGCGAAGUUGAAGGUCGGACAACAGGUUGACAUCUGGUUCGAGCCGUCGUCCAAGGACGUGAGCGGCUGGCGGGGGCCAGCGGUGGUCAAGACGAUCCAGCACGACGAGAACGCUGUAACGGUGCGCUACCAAGGCAGGACCCUUGACCGACGUGGCCAAGAGGUGCGGGAACACGUGGCCUACUUGAUCUUCUUGGUGAGCCAGAAGCAGCACCCCCACGCACAAUGGACUCUAUUGCGCGACGCGUGCGAGAGCCUCAGCAUCAAGGCGGUGAAAGUCUACGGACUCGUGUACCACGGCGACACACGCAAACCCGGUUGGCAUCUGACGAAGGCCAGCCAGACGAAGUCGGGACACCAGGUCUUGGAAGCAGGCCUCUUAGUGGCAUCCACGGUGGUUCGCAUUGCAGAGUGCACCACUGUGAGACUGUCGCGGGGAGUAUCCUCCUUACAGCCGCUGUUGAACUUCAGUUACAGUGAAUUGUGGAUCUGGCACUCUACGCUCCAAGGGCGGAGCAAGCUGCAACAAAUCGACACCAGCAUUAGCUGCAUCCACGCGGUCGCGGACGCCAGCGUCGCAGCAGUCGUCACUCGAUGUGAUUUUGACGACGCCUCCGCCGCCGCCAGCACCGCCAGCAGCCGGAAAGGUUACGAUGACAAGAUCGCGAUCUCCAUGGACAACGGCAUCUUCGCCAAUUUUAGGGGCCAUGUCUCGCUCGCCACCAGGGCCGAAGGCGACACCGAUCGCAAGCGCGACUACAGCCACCAGACCACCUGGGCCACUUCCAUGGCCAGCGAUGGGAUCUCAACGCUCCAGACUGACCCAGCCCAGGCGGCGGUCAGGGAGGAGGAGGGGGACGACGAUCGCGACGAAAAGGACCUCAAGACGUGGUUACUGGAGAUCAAUGAGGCCGACAGCGAUGAGGGCGAUCUGCUUCCAGACGUGCCCUGCGAAGAGGACUCCGGAACGGGCGGGGAUUCGUUCCUGGCCGCCGACGAGCCUCUCAGCACGAUCUCGAAAGCACUCACCGACCUGAGCGUGCAAGAUAUGGCAAAGCAUGCCAUUGACAUAAUCAAGGCAAAGAGGCAGGAGCUGACGAGCCUCCAUGAUUUGGGUUGCUUCCGCAGAUUCCGGCGGAACUUGGCGAAUAACAUCGUGGACACCAUGUGGGUCUUGAAGUGGAAGUACAAGGAGAACAAGCACUUCAUCAAGGCCCGACUCACGAUGCGUGGCUUCAAAGACCACGACGAAAACUUGGCCACUUUCGCCGGCACGGCAACUCGAUGGGGCCAGCGCGUUGUGAAUGCCAUCGCAGCGCAGCAGGACGAUUGGGCACUGUUCAGCUUCGAUGUCAGCGCCGCUUUCGCGAAGGGCCUGACCUUCCAAGAGCUUUCUGAGUUAACAGGCGAACCUCUUCGCGUUGUGCAGUUCGAGUUGCAUCCUGAUGAUAUCAAGUUGUUGAGAGAGAUUCCUGGCUACGAGGAUUUCGACCCCAGCACAGAAGUCAUCCAGAUGGCCAAGGCAGUGUAUGGCCUGAAGGACGCACCGCGAGCAUGGCGCAAGAAGUUGCACUUGAUCCUCGAAAGUUUCGGCCUCGAAGCCUUGUACGCGGACCCACAACUGUACGUACUCCACGACACGAGUGUCAAGUUGAACAUGAUUCUCAGUGCGCACGUUGACGACUUGAAGGGUGGAGCCCCGAAAACGGUAGCUAUGGAGCUCCUCAAGCACUUGGAGAAACACGUGGGCACUUGUACACAGGAGUGGGCCAACUUCACACACGUUGGCAUCGAGCACGUGACCAGAGCAGACGGCAUUUACACGCACCAGGAGAAGUAUGUGGCUUCCCUCAGGGAGAUCGACAAGAAGUUCUAUGCUGAAUUGCACGACGAGCAGGCAGUCAGCGUUGAGGCGAAGAGCCACUUCUCCACCCUCCUUGGCGGUGUCGCCUGGCUCUGCCUCACAAUGCCGGCCAUAGCGGUGUACGUGCAAGCACUACAGCGACGCGGAGCCGAACCGAGAGCACAGGACCUGAAACGCUUGAACCUUGUCUUGCGGUGGGUCCGCCGGCACAAGGUCGGCAUCCUGUUCAGAAAACUGCCAGGACGCCUCCGACUUGUUGGGGUUACGGAUGCAGCCUUCAAGGCGGUUCCGGACGAGUCAUCUGGACUUGCACUCCGCGGCUGCGUCAUCAUCCUCAACACGGAUUGCGAUUCGACGCCGGCGUCUCCAGGUGGGGCGUGCAACAUCUUGGAGUUCCAGUGCCGGCGCCAACGCCGAGUAGUUCGUUCGACCUUCAGUGGCGAACUGAAUGGGUUGGUUGACUCCCUGGAGAUUCUCCUGGUUAUCCAGAUAUGCUUCCACCAGAUUUACCACGGCUGCGCGGCGACAGCCAAGAGCCUGGCGGACGACUUGGACAACGGACGACUCCAACCUCCAGUAGACGCAGCAGUUGACGCCAGGAGCGUGUUCGAUUGCUUGGCCGCCACAGACGUGGGCGAACUCGUUGAGGGCAGUCUUAAGCUGCACGUUCUCUCUCUUAGGGAGCGCCUGCAGUCUGGCACCCUGCGGCGCCUCGUCUGGACGGACACGAGGGAUAUGUUGGCGGACGGCCUCACCAAAGGGUCAGUUCCUCGUGACCAGCUGAUUGCUGUCAGCAACAGAGGCGAAUACCGCACAGCGCACGCCACGGCCAGCACGACCGUGAGGAACGGCCGCAAGCAGACCACUGGCAGCACGGGGAGCUCCGGCGAGUACGGCGGCCCUGCAGUGAAGACGCGUAGGGUUCCGGGCAUAGAGAUGUGCCUGCGAUGCAUGCGGGAGACCUUAGGCGCAGCCCUGGCGUGCGCGGAGGCCCGCCUCAGCUUCGUGAUCGGUGACUUCAACUGGGCUGCGGACGACCUCGCGCGGAUCUGCACGCGCGGUCGGCUCCGGCUUCUCAAAGAGGCCAUGGUCGAGGCUGCCGCGGGGCUCCGGCGGGGCCCGCCGCGCGCCGUCGAGGACGACGACGUGGCCGCCCAGCUGACCUGGACGAUGCGUUGCCUCUGGCACUGGAAGGCGGGCCAGUGGCACCUCGCGUGCAAAGCCCAGGCGGUGGAACUCACCGGUGGCCAGGCCACUUCGGACCCGCACCUCAUGGCCUCGACGCUGGCCCGCCACUGGGGCCAGGCCUUCCAGCGGAAAGGAACCGAUCGCACCGUGGACCUCACCACCUGGACAGCGCAGUUGCCUCAACUCACGGACCGUACCCAGGACUGGCAUGUCACGGUGGAGGACGUGAAGCAGGCGGUCAACUUGUCGGGCUCGUCGGCCCCUGGCCCCGAUGGCAUCCCUCACUCCUUCUGGAAAGGCAUCGGGGAGACCGGGCACACGGUGCUCUACGACUGCCUCGUCGCACUCAUGGCGGAUGGGUCGGCGGACAGGCUCGCGGCGGAGUAUGGCUCAGCUGACGAUUGUUUCGGCGCUUGCAACUUUAAUGCGAGCUUGCUGGUACUGCUGCCAAAGAAGCCCGCCCGCGUCGACCCAGAGCUUGGACACGUGUACAGGCCAGAGGACACGAGGCCGCUGAUGCUGGUGGACACUUCCAACCGCAUUCUGGCCAGCACGCUCCGGCUGAAGAUCGAACCAGCGGUGGAGGAGCUCGCCAACGAUUGCCAGCGGGGUUUUCUGCAAGGCAGGUCCAUCCUUGCCAACAUAGUCGAACUCGAGGCCGUCAUGCAAGAGGCUGCCCUCACGUGGUCCCAGCCCACGGCGUGGCUCCUUGACAUGAAAGCCGCGUUCCCGUCGAUCGAGCAUGACUUUUUGCACAAGAUGCUGGAGUUGAGCGGGCUUCCACUGCCGCUGCGGAAUGCGAUCCGGGCCCUCUACGCGGAACAGAGCUGCUGCCUGAGGAUGCACGGGGAGCGACUGGGCGGCUUCCGGAUCUUCACCGGGAUCCGCGGCCUGAUACGCCGAAGCCGCGUCAAGCGGCACUUCGACUUGCUGGCGAGAGCUUCGGGCCCCCACCUCAAUCUGCAGAGAUCGGUGGUCAUACCGCUUUGGGAGUGGCGCCUGGACGCGGCCGCGCAGGAGUGGAGCAAUCACAUGCCAGAGUGGAGCAGCAUGCGGGUCUCGCACAGUGGCUCAUACUUGGGCUUCCAGGUUGGCCCAUUGGCAGGUGAAGAUGCUUGGGCGGCGCCGGUUAAAAAGUUUAGAGAGGCCGUAAUUGUUUGGGCGGAGCGGGGGUUGGGGAUGUGCCUCACCGUGCUGGCCUACAACACGUACAUACUCCCUAAACUGAUGUAUGUAGCACAAUUUCAAGGCUGCUUCAAAGACUGGCCAGCCACUGAAGCAUGGGCUAUCCAACGCCUCUUCCCUGGCCCAGCAGGGUGGCUACCGAGCUCGAUCGCGCAGUGCAUGCAGGACGAAUUGGGCAUGCCGACGCAGCUACACUCGCUGACCACCGCCGGCCCAGCAGCCCAACUCCGCGCAGCGACCUUCGGAGGCGAUCGCGGUCAGCAGCUGCGCCCGCCUGCGGUUGCAGCCGCCGCGGGCCCGCCCGCGCGGCAGGCUGGCCACAAUCUCGACGCUUGGGACGUCGAGUGGCGAUGGGCUGCCUGGUUUCGCCACGGGCCGGCGCAGCGGCUGCUGCAGGCUCAGGCGGCUCUCGCGCGCGACGGGAUCACGGCCGACACCGUUCUGGAGGCCUCCCUGGGUGCUACCCCCCGGCCGGUCACAGCAGAGCGUUGGCGGCGAGCGCGCCGGGCGCUUCAGUCGACGGCCGCGCGGCUUCUAAGGCAGCGGCUAUGGCUCCGCAAAGGUCAAUGGGACUUCCGGUGGAAGCUGGAGCAGUGGAGCCUGGGCCCCUUGGAGGGCCGGCGCGUGCUGGUUUGCAAGAGGGUGAUGAAGACACUGCCCAAGCGGCUCGCCCCUCAAAUCCGCGCGGCCGUCCUCCGCACCUGGCUGAACGGGUGGUGCACAGCUCGGCGCUUUGGCUCGCGUGGGCAUGCCUGCCGGUUGGGGUGCGCCGCAGGCGAGGACUGCCUCCGCCAUUAUGUACGCUGCCCGGUCCUGUGGGAGUUCGGUUCACGCCAUCUCGGCCUGCAUGACCCAGGGAACUCGGACGGGCGCACGCAGGCAUCUCUGUUGUGGGAGACGGGGUGCUCGCAGGAACGCCUCGUGCAGUUGGCGACGCUCGUGGCCGUCGCCUACCAGACGCACAACAUCCUCGGGCAUCGCCGCGGCGGCCCGCUUCAUGCCCGGCAGCUCCUCGUCCAGGUGCUGCGGGAGAUGCGCGCGCAGCGAGUGGCCGAGGCGGGGCUGCCCGAGCGGCCCGCGGCGGAGGAGGUCCAGGCCGCCCCUGCCGCAGGAGUGACGGGUUACGGACUGGGCGUCCAAGAGAAGACGGUGAACGGAAAAUCGAUGCAAUUCGUUCCUGCAUGUAAGAAGCGCUUUUGGAUGCUCAAAGUUGCAGGCGGCACAGACACGGUCAAAGGCCAUUUGAAGAGCAGCAGAAUCAUGGAGGAUAUGGUCGAGAAACUUGGCAUCCCCGACACGUCCGCCAACGCGGCGGCAACGUUGUGGGCGCCCGUGGAUGAUCUGCCAUGGUUGCGCGAGUUCGUCGCGAACGAGGUUGCGGGAUGGCGCGUGCCAGAGCCGGAGGGCCCUGACAACCAGGGCCGCGGCGAUGACGAGGGAGGCCCCGCGCGCGCGGGGCUUGACCGCGACCUUCGGACUGCGUGGUCCCCGUGCGGGUCGUGGGCGACGGCGCUGAAGAGCCCAUUGAAAGGAAAAUCGUUCACGAGCCACAUCAGGGAUAUGACCAACCAGACGUGGCAGAAACGCUGCGCGCUGCUUGGCCGGACUGGCCUGCGCCUUGCAGCGGCGCCCCGCUCAGGGGCGAAGGAAGUUCCACUUGCCUUCGUCGAGGAUCACGCGAGGUGCAAGGAAACGAGGCUGGACGUCGAGAUUUUCGAAGUCGGCGGGCUUUGCCACGGCGGGGCGCACUGCCCGCUCAUGGUGACGACUGCCUUUCCACUGGCUGGCCCGGCGCCGCCGCUGCUGCGACGCUUCCCCCGGCAGCCCGAUCUCGCGCGGACAGGCUCGAGUGGACGGGAAGAGUCUGCGCUCAGCCUCAUGCUGUCGCUUGUGCGUGAGUUUGGCCCCAUCUUUCGAGCCACUACCGAUCCCGUUUGUAUGAUGCACCGUGCUGUUUGGGAAUCGCGGCUGUCGAUGACCAUCCUGACCUUGGUGAUGCGCUGGGCCUCGGCGCACGUCGCGACCUGGGCUCAAGUUCGAGGGCCCACCAGCGCCGCCUUCCUGUCCCUCCUGCGCGUCGGGUGGGCAGCGACCAGCCUCGCGACGUGGAUCAACUCGGCGAAUGGGGCAGUCUACAAGCCAAUGGACUUCUCGCCAUGGUAUACCAAGCAGGUGGUGAGGAAAGCCGUGUUGUGGUGGCAGUUCCACAAGGUGCCAGCAGCCAUCGAGGUGCUCAAGCGGCAGGCUGCGCAGUGGUGCAGAUUUCCCCUCGGGCCUGGCUGCUUUGAUCCAGGCGCGAAGUGUGCGCUGGGGGCGCUGGGGCCCCCGUUGAUGGGAUUGCACCCGUCCGUUGAAGGCGCGGAGCUGCUGGCCACUCUGAUCCUGGCGCGCCACAGUCUGGCGCCGAUCACCGUGAGAGUGGACGCUAGCUACGUUGUCGAUGGGCUGCUGUCUCGUGGGCGUGAAGGCACAUGCGGAUCGCCUCACAGUUGGGCGUUCCUUUGGAGAUUGGUCUGGGAUGUCAUCGAUGACUCUGGCGGGCUGUGCCCGGAGGGGCUAACGGUGGUCAAAGUCAGGGGGCACGGGGCCAUCGGAGACGUCGAAGCGGGCAGGCUUACGCGCCGGGAGCGCCGUUGCAACCUCGAGGCAGACGAUUGGGCCAAGCAGGCCACUCGUCCGUUCGCCACGGGGACAGCUGACAGGGACAAGAUCUGGCGCGCUGACCUCAUGGUGGACGGGGUGGUUGCGUGGGCCUCAUGCGCUGGCGCUCCUGCCGCAGCCGCCCGCGACGACAUUGAUGCGGAGGUGGUUAUCAAGCAGCCGUUGAAGAUUCAGCUGGUCCUCACUGCGCACGAGUUCGCGGAGAAGGAUGGCUGCUGGCGGUGCUCUACGCGUGGGCGCUAUGCGAGAACGAAGGAGUCUCAGCGCAAGCUCACCUACCUACCCUGCAUCCCGAGGCCAGGGCGGGCCGGGCUGGGCUACAAGCUGGGGACCCCCGCCGACCACCCGGGCGCGAAGGCUUUCCCCGAGCAAGGCGGGCGUGGCUCCGGAGGCCGCUCUGGAGGACGUGUCCCCGAUGCUGACGGACGUGCUUGGGAUCGUGCCCCAGGGAGCGCAGGCUCGUGGACGAGGGGAAGGUCGAGGGGUCGAGGAGCAUGCUAUCGAGGGCGGGGACUUCUCGGGCCUGGGGCGCCUACCCCGGCCAGCCGCCCCCCGGCCACUUCCCCGCCGGGCCGCCGCCGGGCUUCCCGCCGCCAGGCUUCCCGCCGCCCCCCGGCUACGGCGCUCCACCGCCGGGCUACGGCGCCCCGCCGCCAGGUUGGCCUCCUGGGCAAUUUGGGCCGCAGUACCCGCCAACGCCAGCGUCAAGGUCCGUGGCCUUCGCGUCUCGCGAGGCGGCCGUGUCGCGAGCCGAGGAGAGCGCUUGCGGCACAACCGGCCCGACGAGGAUUGCAUAGCCACGAUCAAUCGCUUCGUGCAGGAGCACCGCCUCAGCGACGAGGUGGAGCUGGGGCUGCGGUUGCUGACGCGGGAGCAGGUGCUCAAGAUCGCCACCUCCCCGUUCCGGCACCGCGAGCCGCGGGUCGUGCAGCAGGCCGUGCUCGCGGAGCUCGCCGCGUGCGACCCGGAGGCGGAGGCCAUCGCCCGCGCGCUCCAGGACGACGACGCCCCCAAGGAGCGGCGACGUUCUCACCGCCACG